CUGAGCGCCCAGGCCGGGCCCGGCGAGGCGCACCUCUGUGGUCCAAGUGACUGCUCCGGGGCCGCUGGGCCACGAGGCAGGGAGACGCGAGGGCAGGAGCCAGGGCCGGGCAGCAGCAUCGGGGGCCCAGACGGCGCAGCUCAGCUGCAGCCACCAUGGAGCCAGGCAGUGUGGAGAACCUGUGUGUCGUGUACCGGAGCCGUGACUUCCUGGUGGUGAACAAGCACUGGGAUGUGCGCAUCGACAGCAAGUCCUGGUGGGAGACACUGACCCUCCAGAAGCAGCUGCGGCACCGCUUCCCAGAGCUGGCCGACCCUGACACCUGCUACGGGUUCAGGUUCUGCCACCAACUGGACUUCUCCACCAGCGGGGCACUCUGUGUGGCCCUGAACAAGGCAGCUGCAGGCAGUGCCUACAGGUGCUUCAAGGACCGGAGAGUCACCAAGGCUUAUCUGGCUCUGGUGCGGGGGCACGUCCAGGAGAGCCGAAUGACCAUCAGCUAUGCUAUUGGCAAGAACAGCACAGAAGGCCGGACCCACACCAUGUGCAUUGAGGGCACACAGGGCUGUGAGAACCCAAAACCAAGCCUCACUGAGCUGGUGGUCCUGGAACACGGACUGUAUGCAGGUGAUCCUGUCUCCAAAGUGCUGUUGCAGCCUCUCACGGGACGGACGCACCAGCUGCGCGUGCACUGCAGCACCCUGGGCCACCCCAUCGUGGGGGACCAGACCUAUGGCCAGGCCUCGAGCCAGGAGGACCAGCCCUUCCGCAUGAUGCUCCACGCUUUCUACCUGCGCAUCCCCACAUGCACCGAGUGCGUGGAGGCCUGCACGCCCGACCCCUUCGUGCCCACCCUCGAUGCCUGCUGGAGCCCCCACACCCUGGUGCAGCCACUGGACGAGCUCGUCCAGGUCCUGCGGGCUGCCCCAGACCCUGACCCCACAGAAGGGGGCCCCAGGCCCUGCAGCCCCUCCACGCCCCUGCCCGGGCCGGGCCGGCCCCCACCGCCCCCUGCCAAGCUCCCUGAGACAGAAGCACAGCGGGCCUCCUGCCUGAAGUGGCUGUCGGAGUGGACGCUGGAGCCGGACAACUGAGAGCAUCGUGCUGGGGUGGGGAUGGCAGGCCGGGACUCCAAGGGUUGGGGGCUGCAGGUCAGAGUCCUGGACCCAUCCCUGCAAUGGCCAGGCCUGGAGCGGGGC